UCUGCUUGCAUACAGAAAGAAUUAUUGUAAAAAUUUUAUUUAAAAAAAAAUCGAAAAUUAAUAUUGAAAAAAUUUUCAAUUAAAUUCCUCAAAAUGAAUUACAAAUUUUUUGCAUUAUUUUUACUAUUCUGCGUCAUGUUUAUAAUGGAAUUUGGCCAAUCAAAUGGACAUCAUCGAGACCGAAUUUGUAGACUGCCAUUAUUGACUGGACCUUGUAGAGCACGCAUACCACGAUAUGGUUACGUUCCUUCAGAAAAAUCAUGUCGACAAUUUAUUUAUGGUGGAUGUGAUGGAAAUGAAAAUAAUUUUAAAUGGAGAGUAGAGUGCGAAAACUUUUGUCGUGGUGUUGAAUAACUUUUUGCAAUAUCAACUAAUUCAUUCAAAAUAAUAUUUACUUGUUUUAAAUCUUCAA